GCACGGGGGCUGCGUACGGACGACGGAUAUAGAUCGGUUCUGCAGCCUACAGAGCGCCCUCCCGCAGUCAUUUGUCGGUUCUGCUAGAGCCAGCUACCGCUUGGCUGCAACCGUAGCAAACCGAAGUGGAGAGAAAGGCGCUGCUGCUGCUGGUGGGCUGUGACUGGAGAGCGGGAAGUGAGCUCAGGCGCAGAGGAAAUCCCGCCCGCGCCCGGCCUGUGUGUUGUGCUCACCGUCUCCGCUCCGUGUUGGCGAAGGGGAGAGCGAGCUUGGAAAGGGGCUCCUUGGCGCUUCACCGGGGCGGUGGCGGAGGGGGCCAGCUGAGUCUGUGACUGGGAGACAUGUCGGACCAGGAAGCCAAACCUUCAACAGAGGACUUAGGAGAUAAGAAAGAAGGAGAAUACAUUAAACUCAAGGUCAUUGGGCAGGACAGCAGUGAAAUCCACUUCAAGGUGAAAAUGACAACGCAUCUAAAAAAACUGAAAGAAUCGUACUGUCAGAGACAGGGAGUUCCAAUGAAUUCACUCAGGUUCCUCUUUGAGGGUCAGAGAAUUACUGAUAAUCAUACUCCAAAAGAGCUUGGGAUGGAAGAGGAAGACGUGAUUGAAGUUUAUCAGGAACAGACAGGAGGCCAUUCAUCAGUUUAGAUUGUUUGCUUCCCCCACCUUUCCCUUUUAUCCUUUUUUAUUUUUAAAUGAUAGUUCUUUUGUAAUGUGGUAUAUAACACUGAAUUGAAACUGGCCCCCUGCAACCGUGUCUGGGGUAUUAUUUCCAAAUGUCUGUUCUGAAUUCUUGUGCUCAUUAUACACUGUCAUUUGUUUUCAUUGUGCCGAACUCUUGUGAUGCCACCACAGUUGUACUUCCCUAUAUUUCCUGUUUCCUCUUUAGAAAUACACCCACCCACACAUGCAUUUGUGUGUUCACAAGGCUCAUGUAUUUCAAGCACGUUAACAGAUCUACCAGAGGGGCAAAAGUUCAUAACGAUUUUCAUACUGGCCCCAAAGUUGUUGUGUGCGACUUUUACUUGUGGAUUUUAAGAUACAAAGGAGAUGAAGCUUUUCUGAAAUAUAAACAGUGGAAGGAUUAUGCCCUCAAGAACUGUUCUGUAGCUUUUGUUGAUGGCCUAGGACAGAAAUGUAUUCAGAUGUUGAUGGGGAAAGUGUAGUCUUUUUUUUCUGGUAAUGAAAUGUUUUAAAUGGCUUCACUGAAGAUAACUUGGAAAAUUCUAUUGAUUUUUCAUCGACAGGGCCUAAGUGUUCUAAUUUUUAGAACCUUCAUGUACUGAGAGCUGGUAAUAAUUUUUAUUUUGUGGUACCUUUUGGCCUGAGAUGUGGUUUUUGUACGGACAUAGACUGUACUGGCUUCCCUUUAAGUAAGUGAAAGGAAAUAAAUUUAUAGACAUCUGCAUUUUUUAGAUACCUGUAGCUUGGAUACUGUUCAGCAAAAGCAGAAAAGAAUAUUUAAGGAAUGCUGGUUUUAUCCAUUGAGCAGUACUUGAGAAUAUUAGUGUGAAAAUUGAUUUUGUUCAUCUUGUGAACUACCAACUCUCUGCUGCUUGCUCUCAAAUUUUAAAUAGCAGAGUUUAUCUUCAAGCACCUAACAGUUGUAUUUUGUACAUGCAAUGUGUGCUUCCUAAAUUCUGAAAAUCAAUGUUCAUAUAAUGCUGGAAAAAAUAAAGUUGCAAGAAUUGGGGGGGAAAUGCCCAAGAAAUUUGUUAACCCCCUGUGCAUAAGGCAUAAAAAGGGCACACCGAGCUCUCUUUUGAAGAACGUUGAUGCUCACUAAAACUGAUGGAACUCAAAUUGGUCAUGACUAACUUGUUCCGCUAGUUUUAAUGUAAUGUAAGCAUGAUUAAUUUUUUCUGUAUAGAGAUUUAAAUGCCUAGUGUUGCAUUGGAAAUCCUAAGUAAGCUUGAGGCUCAGUUCAUCAAAUGCUGUAUUCCAUGGAAACAAAAGGUAUGUGCAUGAGCUCUGCUUGUUGGUUACUGAAAGCGAGUGUGGCAAGGACUAGUGACACUUGCAAAAUAAGAUAAAGAUCAUCCUUUGAACUACAAAGUUCUGCUAUGUGAGUUCAGUAGGAUCAGCAUUGGAGCCCUUGCACCAAAUCCUGUUUCUGUGUGUGUAGAAGUAAGCUUAAUUGAUUUCCAGGGAAUUCAUGUAAGCGUACUUAAAGUUUGGGAAUUACUGAAAAUACUUACCAAGGCAGUGCUGUCCCAAAGUAAACAGCAAGUGGUUAAAGGAACUUUUUGAAAUAAAAACUAUUCUUUGUUUUGGUGGAGUUUGUUCUGUGAAAUAGUAUUCUUAAAUGAGGGUUGGAAAACUUUUGUUUCCUAAUUGGUUAGCCCACUCAACAUUUUGGACCUUAAUACCCAUUUUAAUAAAUUGCAGAACAGUGUCAUAGAAAACCUGUCAUAGUAGAAGGGGCCCUUUAGCUCAGGUUUAUGGUAUGAUAAUGGCAGGGUUAGAAACACAUUGCUCUACCUCUGCUUUUUUUCCCCUUGCAAGGGGACUGGGAAAAGAACAGAAAUUGAGACUGCAAUUGUUCCUAUGUUUUAAUAAACCAUUUGAUUGUGCGUUUAAUUUUAUUUUUAAGCUGGCACUUAUUGUAAAGUGUUGCUGGAUCUUCUCCAAUGCUUGUAGUUUCCAUGUCCCUCUUCUGAUGCCUUUUUGUACACAUGCUAAACAUUUUUUAAAAAUUAAAAUUUGUUUUCAAAAAUUGG